UUUGAAUACCAUGGUUUGAAGAUUCAGUGCAUUUUGUAAACAAGUUCUAAUUUUUAAUAAUGGCCAAAGCUUCUGCAACUUUAUCUCAAAGUACAAGAAUGCAACCACCGCCGGGUCUUAAAGCUCUUAUUGACUAUUGUCAAAGCGUUUAUCCAGACCAGCCAAAUCCCUUGCAAGUAACCACAGUGUUGAAAUAUUGGCUUGGUGGACAGGAUCCUUUGGACUACAUUAGCAUGUAUGAAAAUAAAGGAGAUCCAGAAAAUGGCAUCCCACCUCAUUGGCAUUAUAUAAGUUUCGGUUUAAGUGAUCUACAUGGAGAUGGUCGAGUGCACACUAGGGAAAUAAAUGAUGAACGUUCAGGAAUGGGGUUUGAAUUAACGUUCCGUCUGAUUCAAUCAGAAUCAGGCCAGAAAAGUUUGGGAAAGUCCAAACAACCUCCAACAUGGCCGGCAAACUUAUUACAGGCAAUAGCCCGUUAUUGCUUUCAGACAGGUAAUAUGUUGUACUUCGGAGAUAAUAUACCCUGGCGCAAAAGUUUAAACGGCAGUGAUACCUCCUGUAUAAAAAACAUUCUUAUAACCCAAGAUGUCCAAUUAAGUAGUAUUCAUACGGUAUUUGGAACAGUCGAAUUUUGUCAGAUAGUUGGUGUUACGGAUGAAGAACUUGAACAAGCAUCUCGUUGGAAUGGCCGUGGUGUUUUGAAUUAUUUGCAACAAGACAUACAGACAGGUGGCAAAUGGUGGAUUACAAACAUGAAUCGUUCGCUUAGUGUAUUUGAGCUUUGUCCCGAAUUGCUAUUAAAUUUGCAAGAUGACUUGGAAAAACAAGGAUCUGAUUUAGCUGGUGUUAAUGCUGAAUUUACUUUUCGGGAAAUUCGGGAAGAACAUUGUAUAAAAAAAGAAAUAAACUCAGAAAGUUUAAAUGAGCAAUGCGUAUCUGAUGAAAAUAAUUGCGUGGGAAGAAAUGAAGUAAAGUGUGAGGGUUUCCCACAAUCAAUGUCAAUGAGUAGUAGUUCAUUGCAUAAAUCGUGUCCUCUUAAAUAUCAGCCAUAUUCGGCUGACUCAAUAUCGUUAGAUGGAAUUGAAAUCACUUUAGCUCCUUAUGCAGCAAAAUAUCUUAUAUUAGCCAUAAAAGAUCGGGUUCGACAUGGACGACAUUUUACAUUUAAAGCAGAACAUUUAGCUCUAACGCUGGUGUCAGAAACCGUCUCCGGAGCAAUUGUAAAAAAAUCAUACCCAUAUGGCAUAAUAGGGUAUUGGAUACAAGUGCUAAUUCCUAAUGAGUUAGUUCCUAGAAUGUUAGAGGAUUUCCAUAAUUUACAAUUAGAUAGUAAUACGGAAUACAAAGAACGUCAGGAAUUAUAUUGGCCCGAAUACAAAUUAAAGUUAAUCAUUGAUAAUCCUAAUAAAUUGGAUCCUACUGGUCUAUAAAAAUUAUAUAACAAAUUUAAAUU